CUUUUUUUCCCUUCUCUCUCGCCCGUUCUCUCUCCCUAUAUAUAUAUAUAUAUAUAUAUUUCUGUCUGCGGUAGCUGUCGCGUUUUGUGAAAUAAUCAUCAUUGCUAAAGCUUAUAGUAAAGAACGCAUGGCUGCCAAUCGGGUACUCGUUUACGGAGGAAGAGGCGCACUAGGUAGCAAAAUUGUUCAGCACUUCAAAUCUAAAGGAUGGUGGGUAGCCAGCAUCGAUAUCGUUGCCAAUGAGGAGGCAAACGCGAACGUGCUGGUGAAGUUAUCCGAGUCAUUUACCGAGCAAGCGGGGCAGGUGACAGCAGAUGUGGCACAGUUGCUAGGGGACCAGAAAGUAGAUGCCAUCUUGUGUGUGGCAGGCGGAUGGGCAGGAGGAAAUUGCAGCUCAAAAGACUUGUACAAAAACACAGACAUGAUGUGGAAGCAGAGUGUGUGGACCUCUACCAUCUCUAGCCACCUGGCUGCUGUUCACCUGAAGCAAGGGGGACUGCUGACUCUGGCUGGGGCUAAAGCAUCACUGGGUGGCACUAGUGGCAUGGUGGGCUAUGGCAUGGCCAAGGCAGCAGUCCACCAGCUCUGUCAGAGUCUAGCUGGAGAAGACAGUGGGAUGCCCCCUGGAGGUGUGGCUGUAGCCAUACUACCGGUAACCUUGGAUACGCCGAUGAACAGGAAGUUCAUGCCCGAUGCAGACUUUGGUUCCUGGACACCGCUGGAGUACAUUUCAGAAACGUUCUUCAAUUGGGCCACUGGUGCAGAUCGUCCAGCAUCGGGCAGUCUGAUGCAGCUCACUACUGUGGGAGGCAAGACACAGACACUACCCACGCAAUAGAGGAGAGGGAGGGAGAGAGAGACAAUGAGAGAGCGGGAGGGAGGGCUAGUUGAGCGGGAUGGUUGGGAGAGAUGGUGAUGGAGCAGGUCGGGAGGGUUAAAAUGAGUCACAGGGAGAGAGGGAGGGAGGGCUAGUUGAGCGGGAUGGUUGGGAGAGAUGGUGAUAGGGUGGGUCGGGAGGGUUAAAAUGAGUCACAGGGAGAAAGAGGUGAUGAAUGCUUGGUUGAAGAUGUUCCCUCUAAGAACUAUUAUCUCAUAACAAAUUGUUUGUAUUUUUGUGUCUUUUGAUGUGGUUUUAUUCCUCGGUCUCAAUUUGAAUAAAACUCCAUAUGAAUCAUAAUCUGAUUUAAUAAUAUGUGAGAGACAAUCAAGAUACUACAACAUCACCUUAACCUUGGUACUUUAAACAGUGGAAAUCUAAUCUGCUGAAAACAAUCAUAGAAAAGCAACACAUUUGGGGGAUUAUGGAUUUGUAGCAGUUUCACCAUUGCCAAAAUCCUGAUUUAAUCCCUGCCCACCCCUACCCCCAAAUAAUAUAUUUCAUUGAAUUUAACUGGUUAUAAUUAGACUUAUUUGCCUUCCAUUAAAUACAUACCAUUUUGAAUGGGGUUGGAGACCAGUUACAGUAAAUCCUUCACCUGCUUUGUUUGACUUGUUCUAGCGCAUGGUCAUUUCCAGUGACAUGCUAUAGCCUUCACCACCAGGUGGUGCCCCUGGAUAACAACUCACCUCACCAGUCAAAUGAUCCGUUGUGUGCCUAAGGGAAUAUGAGUGCGUUUAGACAUGCAGCCCAAUUCUGAUCUUUUGCCCAAUUAUGGGCAAAAGAGCUGAUCUGAUUGGUCAAAAUACCAAGUAAUAGAAAAAGAUCAGAAGUGGGCUGCCUGUAUAAAUGUGUUGGUCAAAAUACCAAGUAAUAGAAAAAGAUCAGAAGUGGGCUGCCUGUAUAAAUGUGUUAGUCACAAAACUAACUAUAAAGUAAUGUUAACACAUACAACAUGAGUGGAUUUGGCCGAAAACAGAAGUCAAUAAAGAAAAGGCAACAUACAAUAAAUGGG